AGGUUGACGCCUAUAAAUAAAACAGAUGGGUGCAGCAUGUUUCAGUGACCGUGCAGCAGCCUGGAGCUGAGCCGACUCUCCGGAUAAACGAAGGUUAAAGUCAAACUUGCAGCAGAAGCAGCCUAUGGCGCAGGCAGAUAGAUGCCUCUCCGCUUCCUGGCCCCCUGCCCUCCUCAGCAGACAUCCUCCCGCUCCGGACAGACCACACGGAGCAGACUGCAGCCAUGGGGCGGCAUCCCACCCGCAGGACAAUCGGAGAGGACCGGGCUGCCACUCUGCCUGACUGAAGAUUGAACCAACAUUAUGAGUGAAUUAGAGGCCUCGGGGCCAGGGGAUCUAACCCCACCCUACAUGAUAUUCGUGGUGGUCUUCCUCUUCUUCCUCACUGGACUGCUAGGCUUCCUCAUCUGCCACCUGCUGAAGAAGAAAGGCUACCGCUGCCGUACCGGGGACAUUGAGGAUGAUGAAGAGGAGGUGGAGAAGCUGGGGGUCAAUGUAGAUGAUGAUGAUGAAGACAACCAGGACACAGUGGAGCAGAUUCUUAAAUGCAUCAUUGAAAACGAAGCUAACAUGGAAGCCUUCAAUGAAAUGAUUGGAAAUCGCAACGUUUGUGUUCGUCAUGACCCCAGGUUGCGUAAGGAGUCCAUUGGUGGCGUUCCUCCCCAUCUCCACACAGUCCACUCAGGCACCGACCACAACUCGUGCCACCUUUGUGCCCAGGUCAAAUCAAAGAAAGGCCGACGACACAGCAGAACUCCUCGCUUCAAACAACGGCCGGGAGAGCAGACUGUUUUCUCUGUUGGCAGGUUCCGGGUUAUUCACGCUGACAAGAAGCUCCAUGGAGGUCCAAAUCCAUUGGUUGGUUCAGGAGACCAGCUGGACCAAUCGCAGGAUAGCGAGGAGCGCAAGGAGGGCGGGUACAACCUAAGAAGCAUGUUCAAAGAUGUCCGGCCGCCUUCAGAGAACACCAAUGGGGUAGCUCCUACUGUUGGGAAACGUAGGAAGAGUUUAACCAUCUUUGGGCUGAGACGUGGGAGUGAUCCGGUAGGUGUUAAAGCAGGAGACGGAAUAGGUAGGGAGACCGGAGGGGUUAGAUUUGCUAUUAAGCAGCAACCUGUAGUGCAGGAGGAGCUGUCACAGGGAGAGAACCUUGAAGUUCCCUUUGAGCGUCGAACCAAACCUGGUAUCAAACCUAAGACAGAGCCAUCAAAGAAUCUAAGACCUGCUUUAGCUAAACCUGAGGCUAGAACUGCAGAGGCAGUUUCCCCGUCUCCCCAAAGUAGGAAGCAGGCCAAUGACUCUGGAACGGCUCCUGGGGAUGGCUUGGAACUUGGAAUAAACCUUGGGAUCAAAUUAUCUGUUGGGAGUACAGCAGUGCCUGCUCCAAGCUUUCUUCCCAUUCCUUCUCCUUCUGUACCUGGGCUGACUGCCAGGACAACAGAGAGACCAAGAGGAGUCAAGAUGUCAGAAGUUGACGAAGGCUACGAUCCUGGGCCUUUGCAAACCUCUACUCCCAUCGCCCCCAUGUAUGGAUCCUUGAUUCCCACUGAGCAGCCUGGAUUCUAUCUGAGCACAGACUAUCCAGUUACCCAAACUCCCCCUGACCGAAGCUCUAGCCCAGAUCUUGAACCGGGUGUUGGUGCUAACCUAGCUUUAAUAAGCUUAGGAUCCUCCCCUCCCUCUUCGUAUCCAAUUAGGACCCAUUCUUCAGUUUCGUCUUUGAAAACACCUACCUCACUUCUGGCGAUCACACCAAGCCCCAAACUAGGCUCCAGAAAUACACCAUCGGAGGCUACAAAAACUGGCUUUUCCCCGACUCUUACCCCGAGCCCGAAACUUCCAUCAGGCCGUCCAGCGUCAUCCUUUGGAAUCAGUGCUAGUCCAUCACUGGUCCGAACUCCUUCACCUGGUUUAAUGGUCGGCCUCAAACUAGACACAUUGCCAGUAUCACCACAAACCACCUCUUCUUCUGGAGACCAAAACCAGUCCUUAGAACUUUCACCUCGACUGAUCAAAGGGGAAACAGAUUCAAGCCCCUUACCUGUGGAGGAACGAGAGUCGGUGGGAGCCAAUAUCCGGAGGACAGAAGAGCAGAAAGAAAUAAAGAGGGCUGGGAUUCUCAAAAAAGCUACACCUUCACCAGUUGAGGGAUUUCCCAAAGUGUCUGCCCUUUUCCCUCCCACCGAUCUGCUCUCCGAAGACAGACCUGCCAGUUUGCUUCUGUCACCUUCCAGUCCUUUGUCCCCUGCCUCACCGACAAUGGGAAGUGUGGCCAUCAUCAAGGCCAGCCCUGACUGCAAGAGAGAGUUUUCUGUCACCAUGGUUGAGAAAGAAGAAUCCUGCUCUUCAACUAAAGACCAGGAAGGAGGGAAUUCGGAACUUGAAGCUGCAUCAGAAAAAAUGGGACGUAGUCCAGCGGUCGAUCAGGGUAGAGAGGUCUCUGGUCCUGGUGUCGGAGGACCUGAAAAACAAAGUGGGGAGACUUCUGGAGCAGAUCUAAAGCCGACAGUAGGCCAAGAGAGGGAUGAUAUGGUGGAGAUGGAAGAUAUCAGGGACUGCAAAGUAACUCAGGAAGGAGUAAAAGGAAUGGAGGAAAUUAUUUCAAACAUUGGGCCCAAACAGGACUGAGGUCUGGAGUCUAAUAUUGAGUUUAUGGAGAUUUGAAUUGAGGAGAAGCACCACUCUGUGGACUUCAGCUAAUUAGACAUGUAAAAAUCAGAUAAAGCAAUCAUAGACCUGCCUUUAAUCUCUGAACCACAGCACUGAAUAUGUCACAGCAGGUCUGAAUAAUAUCAAAUCACUAGUUAGUCUUCCACUUCUGGAUUCAGAGGACGACACGCUGUAUGUUUUGCCUUUUUGACACAAGUCAUAUAUACUCUACGUCAUGGAUUAUACUUUUGCAAACCAUGCUUUUGUGAACUUUUUGUGAAUUUAGGGGGAUUGACUUCAGCUGCACUCCUGAAAAGAUGGUGUUGGAAUUAAAUGCUGACCUCAAUAACAUGCACAAUAGCAUAAACAUGGUGACUAUUAA